AGUGCGGCAGAGCUGACAGAAACAGUCUGCAGCCUUCGGAACGAUGGAGGAGAUUUACGCUAAUGUGGAUUGUGCCAAACUUUCCUACCCAACACAUUCAACAAAUUACACAGGUCCAAGGAGCUCUAAGAGGGGUUUCAAUUUAGUUAUUAUUCUUUCUCUGGGCCUGCUGAGUUUUUUCCUGCUGAUUGGACUCAUCAUCCUUGGUGUCAACUACUGCAACUCCUUACGUGAUUCAGCAGCAGCGUUCUCUGCCAUCAGUAACAACCUUUCCUUCGUGACUGAGGAGAGAGACCUGCUCCAGGCAAACCUCACUGAGAAAACCAAGGAACUUGAAAGGCUUCAGAUGAUGUCUAAACAGAAGAAAACGUGUCCUUCAAGAUGGAGCAUGUUCAGCUGCAGCUGUUAUCUCCUCUCUGAAAGGUCUGGUUCCUGGGAUGAAGGUAGAAAGGACUGCAGAAACAAAGGAGCAGAUCUAGUGGUGAUAGAGAGCCCUGAAGAACAGAACUACCUCAUUACACUCACUCAGAACCCAACCUGGAUUGGUUUAAAUGACAAAGAAGAAGAAGGAAAGUGGAAAUGGAUAGACGGAACUCCUCUGACUCUAAAGUAAGUCUUCACUCAUGCAGCAUAUUUUCUACACAUGUAGAAAUGACCUCAUUAACGGACUUAAGAUAUCACUGAAUAAUAAUAAUAAAAAUAAUUUUAAAGAUUGAGUUGUGGCAUUUUUGUAUGGCAUAUUAUCACCUAAACAUUUUACUCAACACCAGUAGAAACUAAACAAGUAACAAAAAUAGACACUACUUUUGGCACUUCCCUGAUCUAAGAAACACGAAGAUAUGUGUACAUAUUUUGCAAAUUGAGCAACCAUUGUUGUUUGUUUUUUUGUGUUUUUGUUUUGUUUUUACAUUUUUAGAGUUAUUCUACUGAGGAUAGGUAUCCAGCUU